AUGGCACCACCAAGCAUACCCAAAACUUCAACCCCCCAAGACGUAAUAACCAUCGUCGACAUCAGUAACUCACCCUUAUUCUCCAUAACCUUAGACCAAUCACGUAAUUUCCUUGCAAAUGGCCACCCUUUCCUCACCCAAGUCCCACCUAACAUAACAACAUCCACUCCUUCCUCUUUUCUCAACUUCAAAUCCAACAAAGAUACCAUUGCCAACAACACCACCACCACGACGUUGCAACAACAAGGUUGCUUCGUUGGGUUCAACACCACCGAACCCAAAAGCCACCAUGUCGUUCCACUCGGCAAACUUAAAGGAAUCAAAUUCACGAGCAUAUUCCGGUUCAAAGUUUGGUGGACAACUCACUGGGUCGGAACCAACGGACAAGAACUACAACACGAAACACAAAUCUUAAUCCUCGACAAAAACAACUCCCUCGGACGACCCUACGUUCUCCUCCUCCCAAUCCUCGAAAACAAAUUCCGAACCUCGCUCCAACCAGGUCUCAACAAUAACAUAGACAUGUGCGUAGAAAGCGGUUCAACCAGUGUCACUGGGUUAUCCUUCAAAGCCUGUCUAUACAUCCAUCUCAGCAACGACCCUUACCGUUUAGUGAAAGAAGCAGUGAAAGUGAUCCAAACCCAUUUAGGAACAUUCAAGACUCUCGAAGAAAAAACACCACCUAGUAUCAUCGAGAAAUUCGGUUGGUGCACGUGGGAUGCGUUUUACUUGAAGGUUCAUCCAAAAGGUGUAUGGGAAGGUGUGGAAGCUCUGACAGACGGUGGUUGUCCUCCAGGUUUCGUCAUUAUAGACGACGGUUGGCAAUCUAUUUCUCACGAUGAUGAUCCUGAGGAAGAAGGAAUGAACAGAACCUCAGCCGGGGAACAAAUGCCAUGCAGGCUUAUAAAAUACGAAGAGAAUUAUAAAUUUAGAGGAUACAAAAAUGGUGGGGAUAAAGGUUUGGGUGGUUUUGUGAGGGAUUUGAAGGAAGAGUUUAGGAGUAUUGAGAGUGUUUAUGUUUGGCACGCGCUUUGUGGAUAUUGGGGUGGGGUUAGACCUAAAGUGUGUGGUAUGCCCGAAGCUAGGGUUGUUGUUCCCAAGCUGUCUCCGGGGGUUGAGAUGACGAUGGAGGAUUUGGCGGUGGAUAAGAUUGUCGAGAAUGGUGUGGGGUUAGUGCCGCCAAAUUUGGUCCAGGAGAUGUAUGACGGGCUUCACUCUCAUUUGGAGUCGGCGGGAAUUGACGGUGUUAAAGUUGACGUUAUCCACUUGCUUGAGUUACUGUCAGAGGAAUAUGGCGGACGAGUUGAGCUAGCAAGAGCUUACUACAAAGCACUAACCUCAUCAGUGAACAAACAUUUCAAAGGCAAUGGUGUAAUUGCAAGCAUGGAGCAUUGCAAUGACUUCUUUCUCCUCGGCACGGAAGCCAUAUCCCUCGGCCGCGUCGGAGACGAUUUCUGGUGCUCUGAUCCCUCUGGUGAUCCAAAUGGUACUUAUUGGCUCCAAGGUUGUCACAUGGUACAUUGUGCCUACAACAGUUUAUGGAUGGGAAAUUUCAUUCAUCCAGAUUGGGACAUGUUUCAGUCCACUCAUCCUUGUGCCGAAUUUCAUGCCGCGUCAAGAGCCAUCUCCGGUGGACCAAUUUAUGUUAGUGAUUGUGUUGGUAAUCACAAUUUCAAGUUGCUCAAAUCUCUCGUUUUGCCCGACGGUUCUAUCUUGCGUUGUCAACAUUACGCACUCCCUACACGAGAUUGCUUGUUUGAAGAUCCUUUGCAUGAUGGCAAAACAAUGCUCAAAAUUUGGAAUCUCAACAAAUAUGCAGGUGUUUUGGGUCUAUUCAAUUGCCAAGGUGGUGGGUGGUGUCCUGAGACACGGCGAAACAAGAGCGCGUCUGAAUUUUCACACGCGGUGACAUGUUAUGCAAGUCCCGAAGAUAUUGAAUGGUGCAAUGGGAAAACCCCAAUGAACAUCAAAGGUGUAGAUGUUUUCGCUGUGUAUUUUUUCAAGGAGAAGAAACUGAGGCUCAUGAGGUGUUCUGAUAGAUUGGAAGUUUCGCUUGAGCCAUUUAGUUUUGAGCUAAUGACAGUGUCUCCGGUGAAAGUAUUUUCAAAAAGGUUGAUACAGUUUGCGCCGAUUGGGUUAGUGAACAUGCUGAACUCCGGCGGUGCUGUUCAGUCUCUGGAGUUUGAUGAUAAUGCAAGCUUGGUCAAGAUUGGGGUGAGAGGCUGUGGGGAGAUGAGUGUGUUUGCAUCUGAAAAACCAGUAUGCUGCAAAAUUGAUGGGGUUAGAGUGGAAUUUGAUUAUGAGGACAAAAUGGUGAGAGUUCAAAUUCUGUGGCCUAGUUCUUCAACAUUGUCUUUGGUCGAGUUUUUAUUUUGA